AUGGCUGCCAACUCCAGCUACAAGUACAUCUGCAUAAUUUUCUUGUGCUCGAUUAUUGCGACCUAUGUGUACGUAUACAAACGCGAACAAGUCUCAACUGAAAGGGAAUGGGAGAUCACCUCAGCAUCAGAACAGAUGACAGCAGCAGAAGCCGAGCUGCCCUUGAAGGUUCUGCCUGAGGAAAAAUAUAAGUCCCUGUUCCAAUUUGAUGGAAUCUGGCUUGGACCAAAGAAUAGCUGUGAAUGUGACAGAACCAAGAAUUUGAUGGUCUAUCAGAUGGAUGACUAUAUCGCUAAGGAUCAAAUUGCCUCUGUCACAGAACGACGAGAGAAGGAAUUUGAAGAGUAUCAGAGAAGAUAUCCCACCAUGAAAAAAGAUGCUGUUAUUGCUGCACCAAACUCACCUUUAAGCUACCCCAUUUAUGGCGUGGAGGUGAUGCCCUUGCACACCAUUGUAAUUCCAGGGCUUGGUUUCCACGGACGAAGUACGAGAAAACUCCAGGUGAUUCUACGAGCCUCCUUUGGUACUUUGAACACCCUUGCCGAUGUAUCCAAAGACGUGGCGUAUGGGCGAGGGGGGAAAGAGCUGACCAUCUCCACCCCCAACGUGAAGUUACUAAAUCACAUACUGAAACACGUCACGUACACCAGUACAGUAUUCCUAGUCAAUGCUGUAGACAUGGUGAGCUUCGAAUUAGGGUUGCACCUCGUUAAGUUUCCUGUGACCAUCCAACUACUGGCCCUUCCCAAGCUCUUUGACCCAGGACCAGAUAACAAUAUCCGGAAUCUUGUGACCAUUACGACCAAGACCUUCUUGCGGUACCACAAGCUUCGGAUCCUCAUUAAAAGCCUAAGACAGUUUUACCCGGACAUCAGGUUGAUUGUGGCAGACGACAGCGAGCAUCCAGAGAAGAUUGAAGAUGCCAAUGUCGAGCACUAUAUCAUGCCCUUUGGAAAGGGUUGGUUUGCAGGGAGGAACCUUGCUAUUUCUCAGGUGACAACCAAAUACUACCUCUGGGUGGAUGAUGACUUCCAAUUCACUGAAAACACCAAGCUCGAGAAACUGGUCAGAGUAUUGGAGAACUCCAACUUGGACUUGGUUGGAGGCAUCGUGUCUGGGAAUGACUUCAGGUUUAAGAUUUUCUAUGAGGAAGGGCAAGAUGGCAGCUGCCUACACAUCAGAAAUGGUCACUAUCAUCCCUUAGAAGGCUUUCCCAACUGUGUGGUCACUGGUGGAGUGGUCAACUUUUUCCUUGCUCAUACAGAGGAAAGCAGGCGUGUUGGUUUCGACCCGAAGCUCCAGAGAGUGGCUCACUCAGAAUUUUUUAUGGAUGGACUGGAAAACCUACGGAUCGGCUCCUGCAGAGAUGUUACUAUAGAUCAUCAGAGUCGGGACCCAGCCGCUGACUCCCGACUGGCUGCUGUUGAGAAGAAUUAUAGCAAAUUCCGAAUCAAUACCCAGGAACAGAUCCAAUUUAAAUUGUCCUUACACUACUUUAAGAACAGGUUGAAAUGCUACACAAAGGCAUGA